AUGGAAGAAUUGUGUGCGAAUAGCUUCAAUGAUUAUUUAGUGCUUGAAUACAACAUGGAUCUGAGGAGGUUAGUGGAGAUGCAUUGGGUGAGCCCCGAUUUGUCUGUUUUGAAUUUGGUGAUUGUUAAGAAGGGUGAGAAUGACCUUCCACGGUUGACUGAUGUCGAGAAGCCGAGGAUGACGGGUCCCAAGAGGACUUCUAAGAUGCGCAAGCUUUUCAAUCUUUCCAAGGAAGAUGAUAGGAAGAGAGCCAGAAUUGCUGAUGUGAAAAAGAGGAUUGCCAAGGCCAAGUCAGAGGCUGCCGAGUACCAUAAGCUUCUCGCCACCCAUUUGAAGGAACACAGAGAGAGAGAGAGGAGGAGCGAGAGCCUAGCCAAGAAGAGGUCUCGACUUUCUGCUGCCGCCGCUAAACCAUCUGCUGCUGCUUGA